GUAGCCUUGUGUACGUGUCUACCUGAUGCCUAUUUGAAAAUAGAUAAAGACUGACGUGCGGUAUAAAAAGAGCUCAGGUAAAAUAAAUCUCUCAUUUUGACGUGGUCAACCGAUUAAUCAAGUCGUAUUUCUGUAAUUAAACGAUUUUCAACCUGACGAUCUGUCUAAAACAUUUGAUACAAUGGUGAUUGCAAAGAAAUACGUGUUGGCCAAACAUUUUCAAGGAGAGCCCAAACGUUCAGAUUUGCCGAUAGUUGAGGAAGAAUUACCCCCUCUGAAAGAUGGACAAUAUCUCAUUGAAGCAGUAUAUUUGUCUGUUGAUCCGUACAUGCGAGUGUACGCACAGCGAUACCCAGUGGGAAUCACAAUGAUUGGAAUUCAAGUAGGUAAAAUUAUAGAAUCCAAACAUAAGGACUUUCCAGUUGGAAAGUAUGUUGUCGCUACAGUAGGUUGGCGUUCACACACUAUAAUUGACGGAAAUGGGGGUUUAUCGAGUCUUCGCAUACCUGAUUAUGUAUUGCCUGAUCUCGGUAGUCUCCCCGUAUCUUUGGGUGUGGGAGUGCUGGGCAUGCCAGGAAACACUGCAUAUUUUGGGCUGAUUGAGCUCUGUCAGCCAAAGGCUGGAGAAACACUUGUAGUGAGCGGUGCAGCGGGUGGAGUUGGCUCUCAUGUUGGGCAAAUUGGAAAGAUCCUUGGUAUGAAAGUCAUUGGGAUUGCUGGUUCAGAUGCAAAGUGCAAAUGGCUAAAAGAAGAAUUAGGGUUUGACCAUGUUAUUAAUUAUAAAACUCAAGAUGUUGCUGUGGCUUUGAAGGAAGCUGCUCCGAAUAAGGUUGACUGCUACUUCGACAAUGUUGGCGGAGAGAUUUCUAGUAUUGUUAUGAAUCACAUGAAUUUAUUCGGCCGCGUCUCAGCAUGUGGGAGUAUUUCCUCCUAUAAUGCAGAUGUUAAAGCAUUGCCCAAAUGUUCUAUCGUUCAACCUGCUGUGGUAUUUUCACAAUUGAGGGUUGAAGGAUUUAUAGUAAAUCGCUGGGCUGAUAGAUGGAUGGAGGGUAUAGAGAAGAAUCUUCAAUGGCUGAAAGAGAAUAAGCUGAAGUAUCGUGAAACUGUCACAGAAGGAUUUGAAAAUAUGUUUGAUGCGUUUGUUGAGAUGAUGCGAGGAGACAAUGUUGGAAAGGCUGUUAUUAAAGUUUAAUUUCUCCAUUCCUU